UUCCAACUACCAUUCCAAUUACCACUUCGAUCAACAGGCGUGUUAACCAUUGGUGGAUUAAAAUCUGUCACAUUUUUCUUUCCUGCGAUGUACAUUCUGCAUUUUUGUACUUGUCAUUUGGAAUCACUUGGUCUUGGUUUUCUCCCAGGGAGGUUUGAUGAUAAUGUUCGAGCAUCAUGGAUUUAUCACAUGGUUCCUCACCAGGCUGGGACAACUAUAAAUACCCCCGCAAGCUAGGGCAUGCACAAGCUUCCAGGGGCAAUUUUGGUUAUCAAAGGACAAGGAAAUGCUGCAGUUGUGUCAUGUAAAACCUGAAUUAUACAAAAACUUCAACAUGCAGUUCUAUGAACUUCUAUCAUUUUCAUAUUCUGGGUUCAACGCAAAAUGCGGUAAUUAUCACGGGCGAAAGUCAUUAUGACGGGCGAAUCAAGGUGAACUAAAGUCUCUUGGUCAUAAAUGGGCAGCAAGAAUACUAAGGCGUCUAGUGAUAAGGCUCAAUCCACCUCUGCAGAAACGUCGAAAAAUGGAAAACCAGUUGAAGCAGUCAUUCCAGGGAAUAAAUGCGUGGCUGGUAUGGAGCGCAGUGAUCUCGGAAACACACAUGGAAUGUGUCGGAAUGUUGCAUCCAAAACAUCCACUCGAAAUGACAUCACAGCAGCUCCGUAUAGUCAAGUAAAAUAUUCUUUAGAAAAUAAGAAUGUCAGUUUAUCAAGAACACUAUGUGACACCACAGACGGAGGACCAUCCAAGAAGUGGCAUCAGCAAAAAAGAUCUGUCGAAAGUCAUCAACCAACAGUUGAUCAGAGAGAACUGAAAACCACUGCAAAUGAACACUCACGCAAGAUUGAAGCAACUACCGAGAGAAAAGUCACAAAAAUGGUUGAACUAAAUACCCGAACAACGCCAACCAGUGACAAUCGUCAGAUCUACAGUAACAAUUCAAAGUACAGCAUCAAGUAUAGUACGACAGAGAAAGAUCAAGAUGGAAGCAACGUUAAACAUCAGAAGACAGCUUUUAUGGUUGAUGAGGUAAAUGCUCCUGUUUCAAGCAAAUCCAACAAUGUCUCACCCUCUUAUCAUUUCUCCAAGAAAAAUGCCACAAUUCAACCUAGAGCUAUGAAUGAGAAGACGAUGCAUGAAGAAAAUCUUCGCGUGAAAGCGACCACGACAAACACUGAUUCUCCUGUCAAAAACUUCCCUAAGACGAUCACUGGCGAAAAUGCAAUCGACAAUGAAGCACAUGAUGCGAUCAAACCAGGAAAAACCUCAUACAGUGGCAACUGCAAACAACUGGGGCAGAAUUCCACCAAUCGUUACUUUCAACCAGAAUAUAAUGAACAAAUAACAUCAACACAUUCGUUCCGGAAAUACAAUACUUCAGUUAGUCAAAGGAAAAAUACUAAUGCUUUAUCUAAUAAUGGAGCACCUUUGGUCAGUAACAAUGAGUACAACAGCAAGAUUCUCGUAAAAGAUUCUCAUAAUAACACCUUGGAUGAGGCAGUUACACCAGAAUCAAUACUAUGUGUCCCCAGCAAUGACUUCACCUCUGAAAGCAUAAUACUUGCAAACGAUACACUUCUUACUGGCCUAGGGGAAGUUAAUGACAACUGUAUAGUUUCUUCUGAUAAAAGUGUUUAUGAUUUGAUGCCAUCACCCGGAGCACUAACGCCGAAGCUACAGAAUUCUUAUAAGGACAAUGAUGCUGUGUGCAAUUCAAAUAAAAUUGGUUUUACAAAUGGUGUGCAUAAUGAUUGUACUGAAAAUAGAAGAGUAGUUUCGGUUUCAUCUAACAAGGAAGAAAGUCCGUCGGAUUGCAAUGAAAUUUCUCACCCGCUUGUUAAAGGUAAAGAGAUGAAAGAUGAAAUGCCAUUAUCGGGUAAGUCUAAGGAUUUUAAAAUGAGCUUAAAAAGCACUUCGUUAAAAAAUGAAGUCAAUCAGCAUAUCAAGACGGAGAAGCAGGACGAAGUAUCCGAUGAUAAGAACGCAACAGGGUCAUUGACCACUGCAACACAAUCACGACAUUUUGAAGUUUCAUUAGAUCAUGAUUGUGUGGACGUUACAACAAGUAUUAAUAAAAAAUGUAAAGCCAAUGAAAGAGUUCCGCAACCUGCAGUUCCAAAAACCUACCAACAAGGAUGUAAAUUUGAAAGAAACCAGGUUGAGAGUUCUCAACUAGGAAAAGCAAAAAGAAAUGAUGCCGACAUUAGAGAAAAUGAUACAAACGAUGGAAUGAAGAACGAUAAUACUGCUCAAAAUAUUUCAGGUACUCUGCUAGUCGAAAAAACAGAGAACGUGUGCGAUUCAAUGUCUGUUUCCUCCAAGACUAGUGAUGUUACUGACGAAAGUAGAAAUAGUACAGACUUUAAAGAUCCAUUUGUUGUGUUUCUCUCUAACCUUCCACACUCUGUAACACCAAAAGAGAUUGUUGCUUUGUUCAAAGGAAAAUAUCCCGGCUUCAGAAAGGCUUUCAAAACUCGACAAUUCGGCGGAGCUAUUGCUGCAUUUUCAAAUGCAGAACAAGCAUUGAAUUGUGCUAAGCAAAUGAAAGGUAGCUAUUUCCGUGGACGAAAGAUCCAUGUAAAGGCGAAAAUUUCAGAUAAACCUUUGUUAGGUAGUGAGGAAAUACCAAGAAGCUAUGACAAAGUUAACGCCUGGCUUAAAAAUGAGAGUUGCCUGACACUAGCUAGUCCGUCCAAGGGAAACCAGAGAGAUGGCAAUAUUCUUUCAUCCGAUGAAAAUAUAAUCGUCGAAAAUGAGAAGACUGAGAGGAAUAUGUCUCAUGCAUAUCAUGUUCAAGAUGAACAUGUUCAAGAUGAACAUGUUGUUACCGUAAAAAAUUUACCACACUCUGUGUCCACGAGCAAACACCUGUAUGAAAUAUUCAGUAAGAAGUGUUCGGGAAUAAAAGGGACUACCCUCGUCAAACCCGGUUGUGGUGAAAUUGAAUUUGACAGCCGAAACGAAAUGGAAAUCUGCAUAAAAAUGAGGCAUACAGUCAAUGGAAAACCUCUCACUGUCUCUAUUAAGGUAGCUGAGUAUAUGCAGCAAGACGAUAUGCACAAACUGAAAAAUCAAACGUCAAGCAAUGAGAGACAGGGGGAAAACCUGAAGGAGCAACAACAACAAAAUCAACCACAGAAACAACACUCAGAAAAACGACAACAGGAACAGAAACAAGAACAACAACAGAAAGAAUACUCAGAAAAACGACAACAGGAACGGAAACAACAACAAAAUCAACAACAGAAACAACACUCAGAAAAACGAGAACAGGAACAGAAACAACAACAAAAUCAACAACAGAAACAAUGCUCAGAAAAACGACAACAGGAACGGAAACAACAACAAAAUCAACAACAGAAACAACACUCAGAAAAACGACAACAGGAACACAAACAACAACAAAAUCAGCAACAAAACAAUGCUCAGAAAAACAACAAGAGGAACAGAAACAAGAACAACAACAGAAGCAACACUCAGAAAAACGACAACAGGAACACAAACAACAACAAAAUCAGCAACAGAAACAAUGCUCAGAAAAACAACAAGAGGAACAGAAACAAGAACAACAACAGAAAAACAACAAAACAGGAACAUCAAAAAACGAAAAAGGAACAGCAACAGAAACAACAACCAAAUCAGAGACAAAAUCAACAACACAAUCAACAACAUGGCCCACAACAAGAAAAACGACAGGAACAACAUCAAAAUCAACAACAAAAUCAAAAACAAGAACGACAUGAACAAGAACAGAAAGAAAGACGACAAAAACAACAAGAACAACAAAAAAAGCCACAAGAACAGAAAUCACAACAGCAUAGACAGCAGCAGCAAAAUCAGCAAAAGGAAAAACACCAUAAACGACAACAGGAACAACAACAGGAAAACCAACAACAGGAACAACAUUGCCAACAAACACAACAAAAACAACAAAAUCAACAGCAGCAACAAAAAAUGCAACAGCUAAAACCUAAGCAACCGCACCAAUCACUUGAACAACAACAACAGCAACACCAGAAGCUAAAGAUGCCAAUCAACAAUCAUAUUGUCCAAUUUUGUGGAUUCCCUCGCGAUUGCAAUGAAGAAAACAUUCUCAGAUUUAUUAAUGAACAAUGCGACAGCGUGGAAAUUUUAAAAGUUGUUCAAAUAGAAGAGAAAUGCUGUGUGAAGUUAAAAUCACAAAGCGAUUGCCAAAAAUUACACGAAGCUAUGCGAAAAUCGUCAUAUAACGGUGUAAAAAUAGAACCAUUUUGGAAAAGACUACCAAAAGAAACAAACCAAGACAAGCCAUAUGUUGUGGUAAGAAAUUUAAAUCAAAAGUUCAAGCAAAAAGACGUACAAAAUGUUUUUAAAAACUGUCAAGGUUUUGUUGAUGUAACAAGACAAGUGAAAGACAGUUACGCACGCGUGUAUUUCGAUUCCGUUGAUUCCGCAGGAAAAGCAAUUGAUCAAAUGAACAAAUUGUGCCUUGGAGGAAAGAGUCUCGAAGUGACAGCAGCGAUUGGAAUUACAGAAGAACUGGAAUGGAGAAAAUUAGAAUGUCAGCGUGUUGAAUAUUUGAAGAAAUUGCAUGAGCGAAAAGAAGCUCUUCUUAAGCAAAAUAAUAAAAAACUGAAAGAUCUUGAAGAUCGCACCCCAGAUUUGAGUCGUCGAAAAAAAUAUAUGCCAUCAGAAGAGUUUGAUCGUCUGAAAGAAGCAAGAAAAACAUACAAAGGAAAGAAACAAGAGUUGGAAGAACAAAAAAAUGAAUUUGAGAAGAAAUAUUGCCAACUUUUAGAAAGUUUCAACAAGCAAAUUGAAGAUUACCACAGCGUUAACUAUAGAAAAGGAAUCGAGGAAGUUUUGAAAACUCAUAAAAACAUAACAGAAAGAGAAUUUAGAAAGUUUGAAGCGAGUUUGCCAAUAUAUGCCAAGCGUACAGAAAUACUGAAACGCAUCAAUUGUGGUCAAGUUGUGGUUCUUGUUGGUGAGACUGGGUCAGGGAAAAGUACUCAACUGGCGCAAUAUCUAGCAGAAGAAAAUCUAAAUGAACGAAAAAAAGUUGUAGUAACCCAACCUCGUAAGAUAGCAGCAAUAAGUUUAGCAAAAAGAGUGUCUGAAGAGUUUGGAUGCGAGAUUGGAGAAGAAGUAGGAUAUCAUGUUGGUUUAGAUAAGAAGAUAAAAAACAAGACAAUUAUCAAGUUUGUAACUGACCGUAUUUUAUUGAAUGAAGUUUUAAAAGGAGACGAUGUUGUGAAACAAUAUUCAUAUAUUGUGAUCGAUGAAGCACACGAAAGAUCUAUUCACACAGAUUUACUUGUAGCCAUGCUUAAGAAACAACUUGCUAAGUUUCCUCUUCUCAAACUGAUCGUGACCUCUGCGACGUUAAAUACUGAUAUUUUCCGGCAAUAUUUUGGUAACUGCCCCCUGGUGACAGUACCCGGGAGAACAUUCCCUGUAGAGCGUGUUUACAUGAAGGAAAGGCCAACAGACUAUGUUGGUGGUGUUUAUGAGAAGAUUGUUGAAGUGUGUCAAAGUAAAGAAAAGGGAGAUAUUUUGGUAUUCUUGACACAGCAGAAUGAAAUUGAGAAGACUUGUAAUAAGUUGGAACAGAGAUUAGGAACAGGAAACAUCAUCCUUCCUCUUCAUGGCAAAUUACAAUCAGAUGAACAACAGAAGGUUUUUGAGCGAACGCCCAAAGGAAAGAGAAAAAUUGUCGUGGCAACAAACAGCGCAGAAACUUCACUGACUAUUAAUGGUAUUCGUAUCGUUGUUGAUUCAGGCAUGGUGAAAGAACCAUCUUUUGAUCCUGCUAGAAAUAUGACCACUUUAGAGGUUAAACUUGUGAGCCAAAGUUCAGCUGUACAGCGGUCCGGUAGGGCAGGACGUACAGAGCCAGGCAAGUGUUAUUGUUUGUACACAUACGAAGAUUACGAAAAGAUGGAGAGAAAUACAAAACCUGAGAUCUUAAAAAUGCAUCUUGGAAUGGCUGUACUUCAGCUGUUAAGUUUAGGAGUCACAGAUAUCCAACAAUUUGAUUUUGUCCAAAGUCCACCAGCUGAUGCGCUGACGAAAGCAAUUGAGAGUUUGAAAAUGCUGAGGGCUUUAGACCCGGACGGAACUUUGAAUGACUUGGGAAAAGAAAUGCUUCUUUUACCGACUGAACCACAGCUUUCAAAAGCGCUUCUUGUGGGACUUGAUCGAGGAUGUGGAAAUGAAAUCAUCAUUGCUGCGGCACUUAUGUCGAGCGGUCAUGACGUUUUCUAUCGAGGAAACCUUGAGAUCAGAAACGAAUGUGCCAUUCAAAAACAAGAAUUCUGUCAGACCAGUGGUGACCUGCUGAGUGCAAUUGACGUGUACAAAAAAUGGUCAGAGAAAUCCAGGAAAGAGCAAGUUGCCUGGUGCAAGGAGAAUGCUUUGAAUUCCAAAUUACUUCGCGCUGCUCGAGAGACGUUUGGGGAGAUUAGAGAAGCGUUGUCUCAUCUGCGAGGUCGCGGCCUCAACAUGAACGUGACAGCAGAGAAUAUUCAGGAAUCUCUAAUUAAAAGUUUAUUAGCUGGAUAUUUCGAGAAUAUAGCUUGGUCAUUUGGUCAUGAUAGACUUGGUUAUAUGGUGGUAUCGUCAAAUCACACCAAUCAGACGGCAAGAAUUCAUCCAUCAUCUGUUCUCGCCAGUCUUGGUUAUCAACCUGAUUGGGUACUAUACCAGCAACUCAAGAGCUCAAAUGAUCAAGUCUUUUUACUCAAUAUCACACCAGUACAUUAUGAAUGGUUGGCAGAAGUUGCUAUGCAUAUGUUACAGUAUAUCGAUGAAGACGCCAUUGAUAAAUCAAGAGUUAUACGACGAAGAUUCCACCCAGUUGGUCCAGAGAUGGUCAAAGCUGUAAUUGGUUUUCAAGGUUCUACUCUAAAACAGAUAGAAGCAUCUGUAACUGAAAAGUAUUCUGUAUUUUGUGCAGUCGAAUGUAGCGUGGAUAAAGGAAUGGUGGAUGUUUAUACCUCAAAGGAUUCUCUUCAUUACGCCAGUCAACGUGUGAACGAUGUGAUCCAGAAAAGAAGACAUGAACUUGAUGGUUACUCAGAGGUUGUCAUUUCAAAUGUAGGGGGCCUUAAAACGUUAGUUUCAAACAAUUUGCAAACGAAAUUAAUCCUUCAACCCAGAACCUCGUGCAAAUUUGAAGUUUUUGUUGACACAAUCGACCCGAGUGAAAAGGUCGAUUCUGAUGAGGUGCGUGAAGUACUUAAUAAGCGUGGAAUGAUAAUUCAUUUUACCGUCUGGAAAGCGAAAGAUAGAAAUAGUUGUAUGAAAGGUAACGUUACUUACUCUGAUGCUCACGAAGCCGAAGAAGCAAUAAACUAUCUGGAAAAUGAACUAGAUCCGGAAGAAGAUCUGCCCUAUAAUGUUGAUAGAAUUAUGUUAAAGCCUGCCCGCGUUGAAAGUAUUUCUACCCUGGAGUAUUUCCAGCAUUCCGGUGUUAGAAUUAUAGUUAGCUGGUUUCCUUUGCCUGCUCGUGGAAUAGCUUAUAUCAAGUGUAAAAAUGACGAUACCAACGCAAUACUCGAAAAUUUAAACCAUAAUAUGGCGAACAAUUGCAAGAAAGCAUUUUUGACGAAAUCUGGCGAUAUCUGCCUGCCAAUUCAGGUGACUGAUGAUGAGUUUACAGUUAGAAAAAUACUUAACAGUUGCUGUACAAUUUGUCAAGUUGAAAGCGUCUCCAAGGUUAUUGUUCCCAGCAUUUUGAACGAAAUUAACCUUGAAGAAGAGAAAAAGGAAUUGAUUGAGUUAAUGGAAGAUUUUGGAGCUACAAAAGUUAUUAAUAUUUGGGUUGCUCAUAAGAAGGUCUGUGCAAGAGUACUGUUUGAAGAUCUGAUCACCGCUGAGGAGGUUAUUCAGGAGUUAAACGAAGAGAUGGACGAAAUCGGAGUUAGAGCAGUGUACAUAGAGUUUGAAGAGAAAGCAGAAGUCAUGUGUGAUGGAAGAAUGUUUGAAAAAAUAAAAAAAGAAAUGGAAGCACUAAAGAAAGAUGAUGUCACCAUCAGUAAUGAGCAAUGUGGAAGACGUAGAAAGAUCAUCGUGACUGGAGACGAUCCCAAGGUGGUCCAGAGUAUCGGAGUUACCUUAUCAAAUUUAGUUGCCCCGGAGAUCGUAUUGAUAGAAGAUGCAGAAACAGCCAAUGCCUUAUCAAGUGGAUAUGGGCGUUCAAAAAUCAAAGAGAUCCAGAAACAGAACAAUGCAAUGAUCUAUACCAACAACUUUGGUCGCCGUAUUCAAAUAACCGCCAAUUCAAAAGCAAAACGCCAAGCUCGGGUACAGAUUGAGAAAUUGAUCGAAGACCUGCGAAAAACCAGACAUUCAGAGAUUGAUCUACGACAUUCAGAUCGACCUGUUGGCGCAAUCCGAGAGAUUCUGAAACACUUUGGAAAAGAUCUUAACAAACUUGUUGAAGGGGAAGAUUGCCAAGCUUCAAUGGAGAUCAGACGUCGAAAACUUGUUUUACAUGGUUCCAAAGAAGCUGUUAAUAAAGUUCAAAAUAAAGUAGAAGAAUUUCUUCAAACUUUACCCAACUCACGGAGGGAAACAGCAAACUUAGUUAAUGAAUGUCCAGUUUGUUUUGGUGAAGUUGAAGAUCCGUAUCUUCUUACAUUAUGUGGUCAUGCCUAUUGUUUUGCUUGCAUCACACAGUAUCUUAACAAUGUUUUUGAUUCAGUAAAAAGUGCGGACAUGUUUCCACAGAAAUGUAUGUGUGAAAAGUGCGAGUAUUAUGCAAUCAAAGAAGAUUACUCAAAGCUGUUAGAUGUGGAUCAAAUUGAAAAGCUCUACCGUAUUUCGUUGGAAUGUUUCAUGAUUGGUAACCCCAACAUCAAGCCCUGCCCCACACCUGAUUGUUCCUGGAUAUAUGAAAUCACUCCAAAGCCAGAUGUUUUUGACUGUCCUGAAUGUAACAUUCGUUUGUGUCGAAAAUGUGGUGAUUCAGUUCAUAAAAUGUUUGAUACAUGUGAAGCAUUCAAAGCCAGCAAAGAUCCGUCGCAGUCAAACAGACUUUAUCAAGAAUGGAUCGCGAGAGCAGAUACCCGCAAGUGCCCAAAAUGUUUUGUCAUGAUCGAGAGAAACAAGGGAUGUUCGCACGUAGCGUGUACCCAGUGUAAGGCUCACAUCUGUUGGAAAUGUGGAGAAACGUUUGACACAAGCUCUGCAUGUUAUCAUCACAUAGAAUCGUGUAGAAGUAAUUGAUUGUUAGAGUCAUAGGCGUACGGGCCUAAAAAUUUUGCAGGAACAGGUGAAUGAUUUUAGCAAAAAUUACCCGACACUAGUUCAAAUUGCCCGACUUAUCGCCGAGUUCUGCAAAUAUUGCCGAAAUAGAUUUAAAUUUCCUAGGGGGAAAGCAGCUUCCCUUGCCCCUUCCCCUUGCUCCACGCCUGUCCCAUACGCCUAUGGUUACAGUCAUUAAUCUUGAAACCGUUUCAAGACCUAAGCAACUUGAUUUACCUUUAAAUCAAACUUAUUGAUUUAAACUGAUUACAAUUUUGUAGUUUUGCGUUUGAUCUCACGCACACCACUCAAUGUAUUUGCCAUUAAUUAUCUAGGUUACCCGAUACGGGCCGAUAGGUAGAAAUGCUGCCGGAAAGCACGACAGUGUUCAGCUUGCGAAUCUCGUUUCCAUCUGGAGUUCUUUAUAAAAAAGUAAUACCCAAGGAUGGAGAAUGCAGUCUUGUCAGAUCUCAUUAAUUAUCAUUAAAAUUGAUUAGUACCGAAAUUACAUCAGUAAUAGGGUAAAAAUAUACUAGAAACUAUUCACAGCUCUUUUUAAUGACACGUUGUGGUAAAAAUGAAUUUAUAAAACGAUUAGUCUUACAGAGGAAUGGUAAUAACGUCUUAAUUCAUAACUGAGUAAAAAAU